GACCGGCCUAACUGCCCGCUUUGCGAAACGUCCCCUCAGGCGGCGCCGAGCUUCCUGCUUCGCUUGCUCUUGGGAGGCCGCUGCUGCGCUCUCGGGGAGCGAGUGACCGCUCGGGUCGCUCAGGUAGUUCAGCGAGGUGGAGUCCGGCUCAACCUGCCUCUGCGGCGGCCCGACACCGCGCCGAGGAUUAGGCUCAGCCUUCAGCAGGGACGCGGUCGGAAAUCGUUGUAACUUCUAGGAAACGUGCUGUUUUUCCUGAGCUGUUGUUAGAGUGUUUUUCGGUACGGUUGCAAGAUGUAGCUUAGCAAAUGGCGGCACAGUGUGUGACGAAGGUGGAGCUGACUGUUGCCUGCACUGAUCUCCUGGAUAAAGAUGUUGGUUCCAAGUCAGACCCGCUGUGUGUCCUUCUCCAGAACACAAGUGGUCAGCAGUGGUAUGAGGUUGAUCGCACAGAAAGAAUUAAGAAUUCCUUGAACCCAAAGUUUGCCAAGAAAUUCCUAAUCGAUUAUUAUUUUGAGCUUGUUCAGAAACUUAAAUUUGGAAUAUAUGACAUUGACAACAAGACCUUUGAUCUAAGUGAUGAUGAUUUCCUUGGAGAAUUUGAAUGUACGCUGGGUCAAAUAGUUUCUACCAAGACUUUAACAAAACCAUUAGUGCUUAAAAAUGGCAGACCUGCUGGAAAAGGCAGUAUUACGAUUACAGCAGAAGAAGUGAAGGAUAACAGAGUAGUUGUUUUGGAAGUAGAAGCAAGGAAAUUGGACAAUAAGGAUUUUUUUGGCAAGUCAGAUCCUUAUCUGGAAUUCCACAAGCAGACUGGAGAUGGAAACUGGGUGAUGGUUCACAGAACAGAGGUUAUUAAAAACAACUUGAAUCCUGUUUGGAGGCCAUUUAAAAUCUCUCUCAAUUCUCUGUGUUACAGUGACAUGGAUAAGUCAAUCAAGGUAGAGUGCUAUGAUUAUGAUGGUGAUGGGUCCCAUGAUCUCAUAGGGAGUUUUCAAACCACAAUGUCAAAACUGAAGGAAGCAUCUCGGUCCUCACCUGUUGAAUUUGAAUGCAUAAAUGAAAAGAAAAGACAGAAGAAAAAAAGCUAUAAAAACUCUGGCAUUGUGAGCGUUAAGCACUGUGAGAUCAUAGUAGAAUGCACGUUCCUUGACUAUAUCAUGGGUGGAUGUCAGCUGAAUUUCACAGUGGGGAUAGAUUUUACAGGCUCCAAUGGAGACCCUCGCUCCCCAGACUCUCUGCAUUACCUCAGCCCUAAUGGAGUUAAUGAAUAUCUAACAGCCAUUUGGUCUGUAGGAAUGGUCAUUCAGGACUAUGAUACAGAUAAAAUGUUCCCAGCCUUUGGAUUUGGUGCACAGGUUCCUCCUUCCUUUCAGGUGUCGCAUGAGUUCCCAUUAAAUUUUAACCCAUCAAACCCAUUCUGUAAUGGAAUCCAAGGCAUUGUUGAUGCAUAUCGGGCUUGUCUUCCGCAAGUGAAGUUAUAUGGGCCAACCAAUUUUUCUCCAAUUAUAAAUCAUGUGGCAAGAUUUGCUGCUGCAGCUACACAGCAGCAAACAGCAUCUCAAUAUUUUGUACUUCUGAUCAUAACGGAUGGUGUAAUAACAGAUCUUGAUCAAACUCGAACUGCCAUAGUUAAUGCUUCAAAAUUGCCCAUGUCCAUUAUCAUUGUUGGUGUUGGGGGAGCAGACUUCGAUGCUAUGGAGUUUCUGGAUGGCGACAAUGGAGUUCUUCGGUCCUCAUCAGGAGAACCAGCUGUCAGAGAUAUUGUCCAGUUUGUGCCAUUUAGGAAAUUCCAGAAUGCUCCAAAAGAAGCUCUGGCGCAAUGUGUCCUGGCAGAAGUCCCUCAGCAAGUGGUGAACUACUUCAGCACCUACAAACUGCAACCUCCUAAGAAUCCUGCUGCAAAGUGAAGGGGUUGAGCAGGGGGGCUAAGACUUUGUGCCUUCUUUUCUUGGUGUACCUAUAGGCUUUGGUUCUUGAAUUACUUUUAUAUACAUGUAUAUACACAUAGCUGUAUGGUAAUGUCUAUUAGCUUUUGCCUGCAAACUAGUACUUUGCCAAGUGUGGCUUUUAAGAACCAAAAUUAUAAUUGUUCUAACUAUUGAUUUGUGGACUAGGAAUUAUGUGGGUGCAUUUUAUUGUAAAAAGUAACAGCGAAAAGAAAGAAGUUAUAUAUUCAGGGAGAACAAUUGAGUGUAACAGCUGCCUUUUACAUUUGUUGGAUGAGUAUGUCCAGUGAGAUGGUUCAGUUACUUUAGUGGGGAUCUCCACAAAGUACUGCUGUUUCUCAGUGGUUAUAAACCAGGCUAACACGCAAAAGCAGGUAGAAGUAUUUAUGUGCUUCAGCAGUCUGGAAUGCUUCAGGCUUCUGUGUCUAUUAAGCUACCAUAACAGAAUUUUGUCACAGUAGUGGCAGAAUUAGACUAGUGCCAGAACGGAGUGUAAAAGCUAUCCUUGCUUGUAUACUUCACAUUUGCCACUUUAGUGCCUUUUGCCAGUGCUUGGGAUUCAGGGCCGUGUGACUGUUAGCCAAACAAGUCAUUAGGUAUAACUCCUUUGUAGUACACAGUCUCUCAGUGUAUUACAGGAAUAACCAAGGUGAGUCGAGGUAUACCUCAGACGUCUCGGAAACAUGCUUUUGGCCUUCAAGACUAACACUGUAGAGGCUGUAAGAUAUGUUUGUGUGUGUACUAUGCUGGAAAACGGGAACUUCAGGUUGUCCUUUGUCCUUCUUCCUUCUGUAAAACAAUCACGUAUGACUAUUGAUCUUCAGAGGAGCUUAUUGUGAAGUGGAAAUUCUCUUUACAAUUAAAAAUUUGUUUUUUCAGUUUUACAAACGCAUAUUAUCAAGUAAAGGUGGUUCUUGAAAGUGGUACAUAUUUUUUACCGGUUUAUUGUAUUUUGAAUCAUGCAUCUUUUUGAUUCGCUCACUAAUAAAAAGUGCCUGCAAAAAACAAUCUUCCCUCUUUGCCCGCAAAAGGAAGAUUUAAGAAAGUCUCUAAACUCUAAUCCUAUAAUCAUACCGUUUUUCUCUAGGGCAGACAACUUCUUUUUUUUAACUUUCUUGCCUUGAAUUUUCUCUUCACCAUUUUUGUUUUGCAGAAUAGAACAUGAGAAAGUGUACGUCAUUAUGUAUUUGCUUAGUGGACAGAUCACACUUUCCUGUCUCCUAGUGGCAUUACUGCUUGCUGUUGUAAGCAGUCUCUUCUGAUCCUGUCAGUGCACGUAACAUACUUGGAUGUAAAGGUCUCAUUUAUCGCUUCCAAAAUGCCCAUCCUAAAUAUUAAUUUUGCAUUUAAGCAUUUGGAAUGUUUUAGAAUUAGACAUCAUCUGACUGAUCUGAUUUUGAAUGGUCUAACUGUAACAUGUUAGAACAAAAUGAACUAACACUAAAUUUAAACCCUUUGCGGGCAGUUAAGAUUGCACCAGUACAUAGCAUAUAUGCCUUUUUUUAGUUGCUGGAGCUGCUCUGGUUUUAUUCUUAUUUUUUUUUCCAUAUGAGUAUAAUCCUGUCAAAACUCUGAAUUCAAAUUAAUAUUGAUAGCUGAAAGAUAUGUAUUCUGAUUUCAUACACAUUCUGCAAAGCACACCAAAUGGUUUGAAGGCAGCUGCCUCAUUAUCAGUCAUGAAUUAAUAUAUUGCUCCCCACUCCCUUUCUCCCUGGGGGCUCCCACAUAGUUUCAAUAGUGAAAUACUGAGGUUUUGUUUCAUGUUAAGCCAAGCUUACUUUCUUUUAUUAAUCUCAUGUUUUUGUUUUUUAUAAGAAUCUACAGUCAUCCUUUAUCAGUGAAGUGCAAAUAUGUUAUUACUUUGUACAUAAAAUGUAAUGAAUUGUCAUGUCAGAGAUGCAACAGAAUAUUAAGAGCAAGGAAAUAGUUAUAAUAAACAUGAAUCACAGCUGCAAAUUGAUAUAAUUUGAUUUUGGAGCAGUAAACUGUUUCACAGCCAGGUGUUGUGUUUGGAGAGAGAUUAAAUACUUUGUCCAGAUUCAUUGUAGUGGACGUAUACUACUGAUAGGAAUACAGAAUACUACUGACGUUUCUCUGAGCUGUCUGCCAAAAAAAUGAUGCUGCAUCUGAGUUACCUUACCAAUUCUGUCUUAGGUUGCAUUUAAAUGCAGUUGAGGAUGGUAAUAGGUAUUUUAUAUCAAAGUUCUGCUGCAUAUAAAAUACACAGAACUCUUUGGUAUGUUGGUAUUCUGUACAUAAAUUCUGACUUUCUGGAGCAGACAGUUAAUUUGUAUUUGGAAAGUGCCCCCUUACUCCUCAUGCUUAGGGAAUUAAGUACACAGUGUAUCAGUGACACCUGCUUCUCGAAGUGCUCAAUUAUAUGUAAAAGAAGAGUUUCAGAACUGACAGUAGGAAGAAGAACCAUUUUCCACAUGAUACCUCUUUUAGAGGUACACAGUUAACAGCCUGUUGAAAAGCUUGGAAACUUCCAAGUUAGGCUGAAACAAUAUUCUGAGGCAAGAAAUGCACCAAAUUGUGAGUUGGGGGGUGGAGGGUAUUAUUCUGUUGUUUUUCUUUCUUUUUUUCUUUUUUUUUUUUUUUUUAAUAUGUCUUAUUAGCUUGAUGGUGACCAAGCAAGUGCUGUCAAAGUUCUUUGCAAAGUGGAUGUGCUUGUAGGUCACUUGCACCACCUUGUGAUAAAAAUGAUGUAUAGCAGUCUUCAUAACCAGAUGCUUUUUGCCGUUUAAUGGUCUUAAUAUAUGCAUAUGUACAGCAGAGAAAUAACUGCGACCAGAAUUUUUUAAAAGUACUUUCCAUAUGUAUUUCAGUUCUGAUGAAUUUAACUGAUUUACAAUGCCUGUGCAUUAAAACUAUAAUUUCAGUAUA